CCCUCAGCUCCACACAUCCUCCGUGUCCUUCUCCUUCUCCGUCUCCCCUGCCAUGCCCCGGGUCACCUCUCUUCUGCCUGCCCUGCUGUCCGUCCUCCUGCCGGGUCCGAGCUGGGGAUAUUUCCCGGAGGAGCGCUGGAGCCCCGAGUCUCCGCUCCUCGCUCCCCGGGUCGUCGUCGCUCUGGCCUGCCGCAACUCAGCGCACUCUCUGCCGCUGUUCCUCGGAGCCAUCGAGCGGCUCAACUACCCGAAGGAGCGCAUUGCUCUGUGGGUGGCGACAGAUCACAACAUAGACAACACCACGGCCAUCCUGAGGGACUGGCUUGUUAAGGUGCAAAAUGACUAUCACUAUGUGGAGUGGAGACCUGAAGAUGAACCCAGGGCCUUUGAAGAUGAGACGGGGCCUAAGCACUGGAAUAAUCUCCGUUAUGAACACAUAAUGAAGCUGCGUCAGGCAGCGCUGGAGACCGCACGUGAGAUCUGGGCCGACUACCUGCUGGUGGCCGACUGUGACAACCUGCUCACCAAUACGGACACGUUGUGGAAACUGAUGAGCGAGAAUAAGACCAUUGUGGCGCCGAUGCUGGAGUCCAGAGCUGCCUACUCCAACUUCUGGUGCGGCAUGACUUCACAGGGUUACUACAAACGUACACCGGCCUACAUGCCCAUCCGUAAACAGGAGCACCUUGGCUGUUUCGCCGUACCGAUGGUCCACUCCACCUAUCUACUGGACCUACAGAAAGAGGCCUCCCGUCAGCUGGCUUUUUAUCCACCACACCCAAAGUACAGCUGGGCCCUGGAUGAUGUCAUCGUCUUUGCCUACUCUGCUCGCAUGGCAGAUGUGCAGAUGUACGUGUGCAACAAAGAGACUUAUGGGUAUGUCCCGGUGCCGAUGCGUUCCCAUGGUACCCUGCAGGAUGAGGUGGAGAGCUUCGUGCAUACUCAGCUAGAGAUCAUGGUGAGAAAUCCUCCAUUGGAGCCCUCCAGCUUCCUGUCUCUCCCUCCCAAGCAGCCCAACAAGAUGGGCUUUGAUGAGGUGUUUAUGAUCAAUCUGGUGCGGAGAUCUGACCGUCGCGAGCGAAUGCUAAGAACUCUGUAUGAGCAGGAGAUCAGCUGUAAGGUUGUUGCUGCUGUGGAUGGCAAAGCUCUGAACAAGACUGAUAUAGAGUCAAUGAGGAUUAAGAUGCUGCCGGGUUACAAAGACCCUUAUCAUGGUCGGCCCCUCACAAAGGGUGAACUGGGUUGUUUUCUCUCUCAUUACAACAUCUGGAAGGAGAUAGCGGAUCGUGGUCUGCAGACCUCCCUGGUCAUCGAGGACGACCUCCGCUUCGAGGUGUUCUUCAAGCGUCGUCUCCAGACGCUGCUGCAGGAGGUGACGACACACAAGCUGGACUGGGAUCUCAUUUACAUUGGGCGGAAGCGGAUGCAGGUGGACCACCAAGAGAAGUCUGUACCAAACAUCCACAAUAUAGUGGAGGCGGACUACUCCUACUGGACACUCGGCUACCUGCUGUCUUUACAAGGAGCCCAGAAGCUCCUCAGGGCCGAACCUCUGAACAAGCUGCUUCCUGUCGAUGAGUUCCUCCCUGUCAUGUACGACAAACAUCCAGUUUCAGAGUACAUGGACCACUUUGAGAGUCGGGACCUGCGUGCGUUUUCCGCCGAGCCGCUUCUGGUGUAUCCAACCCAUUACACCGGAGACCAGGGCUACAUCAGUGACACGGAAACAUCGGUGGUCUGGGACAACGAGACCGCCAAAACCGACUGGGACCGAGCCAAGUCCAGGAAAACUCAGGAGCAGGGGGAGCUGAGCUUCGAGGCCCAGAACUCUGACGUGCUGCAGUCAGAACUGGAGAACUGGAGCGCACGGGACGAGCUGUGAGGAAGAAGAGAGGAGGUGAGGAGGAGAGACAGAGAGGACUCUGGCAAACAGAGAUAAUAACGAGGGAGAUAGAACAAAGCUGGGAUAGCGGGACGGAAAAGAUGGAGAGAAUAUACCAGAACACAGGAGAAGAGGGAGGAAAAGCAGAGUAGAUGGUGACUAAUGCGUUUCCUUCCUCGUUUCUCUCUCUAUUCUUUUGAUCUUUCUCUUCAUAGAUGAGGUGUAGAUGUAACGUUAACUCUUCAAGAGUCAGCGAGCAGCUUCUGUUUUAUUUAUUGCAUCCAAUGCUCAACCCUUGACCACGGCCUGGUCCAAUAAUAGUUCUCUGUUUUAAAUAACAUUUCGCCCAGACGUUUCCCAAACCACAUUAUAAACAAAGUGCUCCAGAGAAAAUAACAUAUAAAAAUAGUCAAUUGGAAGAAGAUGCAGUAUUUAGCCCAACUCUUAACACGUCUCUUAAUGACUUCUAGUCAGUUUUAACUGGCCAACAUUACAUCUCCUGAUUACAUGUGGAGGCUUUCUAUACAGUGUGAUUCUCUCAGUGGUUCACAGCCUGUUUGGCUUUUGACCCCUCAAAAGAAGAUUUGUCCACCUGCAGCCCCUAAUCACCAGUUGUACAUGUCGACUGGCUGGGAUGAGUAAUACCAAAUCAUCUUCUUCUUUUUCUUCUUCUCUUCUUGAUGUUCUUCACAUCUUACUGUUUAGUUUAGCCAUUGUGUUAUUUAAGUAAGUCUUAUAAGGUUGUUACUUUAGUAACUUGACAUAUGUUUCUCUCAUGAAUGUAUCCGUGUGAUCUUUUAUUUCAUGUCAAAUCUUUUUACCUCUUUGGUAACAGAUAUGUAUUUGUUUAGUGUUUCUGUGUUUUCCCCUCAGUUCAAGUUGCAGUUUUAACCUAAACGUGCAUCUUUUUGUUGCAUUUUGUUUGUUGAUCAGAUCAGUAAAACAAAUUAAUAUAGAUUUUAAGUAACUUUCCAUGUUUUGUUCUCUCCACA